AUGUCACAAUCAGUGCAACAGAACAGUGAGGAGUCGGUGGUGGGGCGCCUUGUGCGUCUGCCCCUGUUCAGCUCCGCGCUGGAGAUGGCGAGCGUGGCGUACGCACACGUGAAGAGCCGCUACGCGCUGGCGGACCUGGCGGGAGGCGUGGCCGAGCUCAGCAUCCGCAGCGUGUCACAGGCCGCUGCCCGACAGGCCACGCCCGUCGUCCGGAGCCUGGAGCCGCACCUCAGAGUGGCCAACAGCUACGCCAGUGUGGGUUUGGACCAGCUGGAGAAGAGGGUUCCCAUCCUGCACCAGUCUGUGGAGGAGGUGAUGGGUCACCUGAAAGACGCCCUCUUCCUGACCCUGGAUGACCUGCAGAUACGUGUGAACGAGGAGCUGGACAGGGUUCAGGACGGAGCAGAGUGGCUGGUGGAAGGGACCCAGAAUACCUUCAGGGUCUCACUGAGGAUAAUAAGCACCUCCUUCCUGGGCACAGCCUUGACAUCAGGGCUCGACAACUUGCUGACGUAUUCUGAGGAGUCCGUCGACUACUUCCUGCAUCUUCCCCCUGAAUUACAGCGGGAGCUGGAGCUGAGGAUCCAGCAGUACGAGGAAGACAAUGAUGAAGAGGAGCCGGGAACAUGGACCCGUGUGCGGGGCCUGCUGCUCUACCUGAGCCUGUACCUGUACCACCGCACCCUGCUGCUGAUGGCGAGCCUACAGAACAUCCAGCACAUCCUGGGGGGCCUGUAUGACAUGAUGGGUCUAAACCAGGUGGUGGAGGCAGUUCUGUUGCUGUCUCAGCGACUUGUGGCCUUCACCGUCGCCCAGGGGCACCAGCUGGUGGCGCUGAAGGAUGCGGUCAUAAGCCAACUCUCUGAGGUGACCCGCAUGAACUUUGACCUUCCACCCAUCAGCCAGGCUCUAUCACUGCCGGGCUGGGUCCGGGACAACCUGCCGGUGGCCCUGAGCGACCUGCAGGUGCUCAGCAAGCUACUCCUCCAGCUGCUGAUCAACACCACUCCACUCUACAACAUGCUGCAGCGGCCGUCGGAGCAGCAGCUGGAGGACUACCUGAUCCAGGAGUACCUGUCGGAGAGCAGCUCCCCCCGCCGCGCCUCGGUGAACAGCCUGCUGCUGAAAAUGGCGGACGGGCGGCCCCGCCGGCGCCGGAGCCUGUACGCGCGUUUCCGCCGCGGCUCGUCCGGCCCCGGCCCCGCCAACGGUCGGCGGGGGAGCCUGAAGGAGGACAGCCUGCCCGCCACGCCCUGGGAGCCGGACUGCGCCCCCUCCACCAGCACUGUGCGCCGCCGCUCCUCUGCCACCGAGGUCCUGCUCGCCCCCAUCAAGCAGCUGGUGUCCCAGGGCCAGCGGGCUCUGGAGUAUCUCAGCCCCACGCCGCACCAAGAGGAGACAGAAUACCCUGAGAACUAA